UACAAUACCCGGCCUAGGCCUAGGCCUAUUUGACCGACCCCACUGGUUUAGUCCACCGCGAAAAAGUGACCUUUUGGGAUAAGUACAUUUCAUAUGAAGAAAAAAAUUCAUUUGAUGCUUACAGUAACAGUACACUGUAAUUUCCAAUUGGUCUUUCAUACCAACAUGUAAAGUAAUUUAGCCACAAUCUAAAGUUUGUAUGAGCUUUAUUUAUUUGCAUCCUAAUGGAAAAAUAAUUUUUUCAAAUUUGAUUUAUAAAAGCUAGGAAAAUGGGAGAGUUUAGGAGAGAUAAUAUUUACUAUGGAAUGCCAUACAGUUCAAUUAGAAGUGGAGGGGAUGGAGGGGAGUACAGAAGACCUGGAGUGGAUUCAUCUAUAUUUCUUGACAACUUUUAUAGUAAUCUGCCUCAAAGACCAUCUAGUGAGGUUUUGACUAAACUCCAUCGGCCAUCUUCUUCCUACUCCAACCUUUCUUCUCCUGCUCAACAAUAUUCUCCAAAUCCAUCUUCUUAUUCUUCUUAUUCAUCUUCCUCCGCCCCCCGACCUUACACUGGAUUAAGAAGAGCUAGUUCGCAGAACGAUCUACAGAUGGGGUUGAGUUCGACGAUGGAAAGGUCGUCUUCUAACAACAAUUUGUCUCGUCCAAACUCCUCUCUUAGAAGAUCUUACAAGAACACUCAUAACAUUAACGGAUUCUAUCAGAAGCCAAGUGACGAUAAGAAUGAUGAAUUUUUCACAAGCUCGCUAAAUUCAGGGUCUGCCCAUGAUCUUCACAAUGAUCCUCGGUUUGGCAAAUCUGAUAGUUUUUCAUUUUUCAAUGGUAACUAUCAUACUGUAACUACAGAUAUCAGGACUAGAAGCUCGCGUCCUGUUUCUGCUCUUGAAGGUCGAGCUCAGCUACAACCCCCUCCUCCCCCUGGCGGUGAAGUUGAUCAAAGAUAUUUAAAUCCAAGGAGAGAAAAGAAAAGAAGAGAGGAUAUAAACCUUGUAAAUGAUAUCCAUCAUAAGUAUCAAGAACUUUAAUUGAGAACUAGGAUAUAAACCUUGUAAAUGAUAUCCAUCAUAGGUAUCAAGAACUUUAAUUGAGAACUAGGAUAUAAACCUUGUAAAUUAUAUCCACAAUCAUAAUAUCAAACCCUUAAUUGAAAUCUAGGAUGUAAACCUUGUAAAUGAUAUCCACCAUAUAUUUCAAGAAAAAUGAUAUAUACAAAAUAAAUAUCAAGAACUUUGAUUGAGAGCUAUCUAUAUAAUAAAGCUCUUUGCUCAUGUAAAGUAUAAACUAAAUUGACGAUUGUACGGAAUUUAUAAUGUUUGUUGAUUCGUUUUAUUAUGAUUCCUUGCAACUGAAUACUUUUUUUAAAAGACUUAAAAAGAUUAUAUUUAAGGUCUAAGACUUAUUUAACUUAGGAAUCGUCAAGUUUAAAGAGUUUCAGGUCGUCUCAUUAGUCUCAUAUCCUUUGUGGGUAUGUAUAUAUAUAUAUAUAAAUAAAUAUAUAUAUAUAUAAAAAGGAUAAAUAUAUGUUGGCUAUGGCUAGCCAAUCUGGCCGACUUUUUUUUGGGCUACUUAGAACUUUAGUUGAAAGCUAGGAUAUAAACCUUUUAAAUGAUAUCGAACAUAAAUAUUAAGAACUUAAAUUAAAAUCUAGGAUAAAAUAAUAUCCGCUAAUUUAUUUAAGUUAGAAUACAAUACCAACAUAAUACACAUCUUUUAGAAUUAAAAUCAUAAACGAUCAUAACCGAUAAGAAACUUUCAGAAAAGAUCUGAAACGGUAAUUAACGAUCAGAGACCAUCAGAAACGAUCAGAAUCGAACAGUAAGAAGACACCGUUUUUGGCAAAAACGUCAAGUAUCGAAGUAAAAAAUAGCCUGGAUUAAUAAUUUUGACCAUUUAUGGCCUUGCAAUCAGAAAAUAUUAUGCAGAGCGUCCAAGAUCAUAUUUGAUUAUCUCUCAGCUUUAACGUAUUUUAUCCUGCAACGUAAUACUCGAAAAGCCUAGUAUUUUCUUCAGACUAAUUUUUAUAUUAUGCUCAUACAAUUUAUUUUAAUGAUUCAAUUUUUUUUUAAAUUUUCUAAUUAGUCCCGAAAAUUGUAAUUUAAAGCUAUAUACGAUCCAAUAUGAUGUGGGAUACCCUGCAUGCAGUAUAUUGAGAGGAACUAGAUAUGUAACAAAUAAGAUUUUAUCUUAUAGUUGAGGAAAACAAAUUAAUUCUUCAAAUUUUUAUAAAAACGUGUUCUUAAAUUUUAUUUUUAGGACUUGGUUCAAAGAAAGUUUUCUAUGACUGUUGAUGCAAUACAUGUAAAAUAAAAAGACGACUUUAUACUUUGAACUGACAAUGUUAAAAGCUAAAAUGUC